AUGGGUAUUAAUAAUCCAAUUCCAAGAAGCUUACGUAGUGAAUCAAAGUAUGUUGAAAAAAAGCAUUGAUUGUAAGUUAAUAUUUACUAACCAAUUGCUUUCUAGAAAAGCUGCUAAAGUUUUGGCAUCAUUUAUUAAGCCAAAUCAACUCGCCGGGCCUGAUCAAAUUAUACCCCCAAGAAUUUUGAAAAAUGCAAAAGGUUUAGCUAUUAUAACAGUUUUAAAAGCAGGUUUCUUAUUCUCAGGUAGAGCAGGUUCAGGAGUUAUAGUUGCAAGAUUACCAGAUGGUUCUUGGAGUGGUCCAUCAGCAAUUGUUACUGCAGGUGCAGGUGCUGGUGGACAAAUUGGUGCAGAAUUGACUGAUUUUGUUUUUGUUUUAAAUACUAAGGCUGCCGUUGAUACAUUUGCUCAAAUGGGAUCUGUUACAUUGGGUACAAAUGUUUCAGUUGCUGCCGGUCCAUUAGGUAGAAGUGCAGAAGCUGCUGGUACAGCAUCAUUAAGUUCAGUUUCUGCAGUUUUUGCAUAUUCAAAAACAAAAGGUUUAUAUGCUGGUGUUUCAUUAGAAGGUUCUGCAAUUAUGGAAAGAAGAGAAGCAAAUCGUAAAUUUUAUGGUUCAAAUUGUAAAGCAAGAAAUAUUUUAGCUGGUCAAGUUGAUAUACCUCCAGCUUGUGAAUCAUUAAUGAGAGUUUUAAAUUCAAAAGUUUUUAAUAAUAGAAUGGCUUAUGAUGAAGAUGAUUUUUAUAAUGAUGAUUAUUAUGAUGAUAUUCCUGAUGAAUUUUCAGAUACAACAUCAGAUUAUUCAAGUAGACGUGGUAGCCGUCGUAAUACAGUUGGUGGAUUCGGUGGUGGAGGAAGAUCAAGAAAUAAAAGAUAUCCUGAUGAUGAUUAUGAUGAUGAUUAUUCAAAUGAUGAUUAUUCAGAUGAUGAUUAUACCCCAAGUUCAUCACGAAGAAGAGCAGAUUCAACAAGACAUACAUCAAAUACAAGUAAAAGAUCAACAUGGGAAGAUGAUGUGUAUGACCUGCAGUAUAAUAAUAAUGGAAAUGGUAAAUAUGGUAGAUUAAGAGGUAAUAGUGAUGUUGAUAGAUUAGGUUCAAGAUUAAAUUCAACAAGAUUAUCACCAAAUAAACAAAAUUCAUCAUCGGGAGCUCCAUCUCGACCAUCAACUUCAUCAAAACCAAAUUUUGGUGGUGCUCAAAAGACAAAUUCAAAUCAAGCAAUUGCUUUAUAUACAUUUAAAGGUGAACAAAAUGGAGAUUUACCAUUUAAAAAAGGAGAUGUCAUUGAUAUUUUAAAGAAGUCAGAAACUGUUGAUGAUUGGUGGACAGGAAGAAAUAACGGAGUAACAGGUAUAUUUCCUGCAAACUAUGUAGAAUUACUUUAA